GGAGGAGGUUGUCUCCAAUUUCUCCUCCCCCUCCCGGCCAAGAUGUCUGACAUGGAGGAUGAUUUCACGUGCGAUGAUGAGGAGGACUACGACCUGGAAUACUCUGAAGAUAGUAACUCCGAGCCAAAUGUGGAUUUGGAAAAUCAGUACUAUAAUUCCAAAGCAUUAAAAGAAGAUGACUCAAAAGCAGCGUUAAGCAGUUUCCAAAAGGUUUUGGAACUUGAAGGUGAAAAAGGAGAAUGGGGAUUUAAAGCACUGAAACAAAUGAUUAAGAUUAACUUCAAGUUGACAAACUUUCCAGAAAUGAUGAAUAGAUAUAAACAGCUAUUGACCUAUAUUCGGAGUGCAGUCACAAGAAAUUAUUCUGAAAAAUCCAUUAAUUCUAUUCUCGAUUAUAUCUCUACUUCUAAACAGAUGGAUUUACUGCAGGAAUUCUAUGAAACAACACUGGAAGCUUUGAAAGAUGCUAAGAAUGAUAGACUGUGGUUUAAGACAAACACAAAGCUUGGAAAAUUAUAUUUAGAACGAGAGGAAUAUGGAAAGCUUCAAAAAAUUUUACGCCAGUUACAUCAGUCCUGCCAGACUGAUGAUGGAGAAGAUGAUCUGAAAAAAGGUACACAGUUAUUAGAAAUAUAUGCUUUGGAAAUUCAAAUGUACACAGCACAGAAAAAUAACAAAAAACUUAAAGCACUCUAUGAACAGUCACUUCACAUCAAGUCUGCCAUCCCUCAUCCACUGAUUAUGGGAGUUAUCAGAGAAUGUGGUGGUAAAAUGCACUUGAGAGAAGGUGAAUUUGAAAAGGCACACACUGAUUUUUUUGAAGCCUUCAAGAAUUAUGAUGAAUCUGGAAGUCCAAGACGAACCACUUGCUUAAAAUAUUUGGUCUUAGCAAAUAUGCUUAUGAAAUCGGGAGUAAAUCCAUUUGACUCACAGGAGGCCAAGCCGUACAAAAAUGAUCCAGAAAUUUUAGCAAUGACGAAUUUAGUAAGUGCCUAUCAGAAUAAUGACAUCACUGAAUUUGAAAAGAUUCUAAAAACAAAUCACAGCAACAUCAUGGAUGAUCCUUUCAUAAGAGAACACAUCGAAGAGCUUUUGCGAAACAUCAGAACACAAGUGCUUAUAAAAUUAAUUAAGCCUUACACAAGAAUACAUAUUCCUUUUAUUUCUAAGGAGUUAAACAUAGAUGUAGCUGAUGUGGAGAGCUUGCUGGUGCAGUGCAUAUUGGAUAACACUAUUCAUGGCCGAAUUGAUCAAGUCAACCAACUCCUUGAACUGGAUCAUCAGAAGAGGGGUGGUGCACGAUAUACUGCACUAGAUAAAUGGAGCAACCAACUAAAUUCUCUCAACCAGGCUGUAGUCAGUAAACUGGCUUAACAGAGAACAAGCUUUUACAGACAUCCUUAAGGCAACAGUGCAGAGAUGUAAUCCUUAAAAGAACUGGGAAUGGCAAAACUACUGUCCAUUGAUGUGUCCUGAAAAUUAUUGGAGUUAUGGCAGAAGUGCUUUUUUGAUCAACUGGUUUGUGUUUUGCUGCUGCAUUUAUCCCAAGAAAAACAGCUUUAAUCUCCAGAAGAAAACCAAAAUACCAUGGGAUUUAUGCUGUAUUGACAUCUUGCCCUAAACAUACAACAUCAUAGUAAUUUGUCAUGGGCAACAUGACCAGAGAGAAUAUUUUUGUCAUGAUUUUAAAUACACUGACACGCUACUGUUGGUUAAAUUUAAACAUGUUUUACCUGCAGAAAUUCUCUCACAAAUAACCUGCAAUAACUUGAAAUGCAUACCCUUUUGAACACUUCCUUUUCUCAUGUAUAAAUUAAAAUGUUUGCUGCAUUUUGCAAAA